AUGAAGCUCACAGUCUUUCCUGGUUUGAUUUGUGAUAUCUUCAUCCUGUCAAACAUCUCAGCCACCAAGAAUGAGAUCAAAGAACUCCCUGCUGAGGUCGGGCUGCUUACAGCCCUCCAAUCUCUCAAGCUCGGAAAGAACCGUCUGAUCGCGUUGCCUCCGUCCAUAGGGAAUCUGACGAACCUCCAAGUGAUCUCCCUUGAAGAGAACAAGCUGAAAGAAAUCCCAUCACAGAUAGAAAAUUGUGGGAGCUUGAGAACCAUCGACGUAUCCCACAACAACCUUCGCAGAUUACCGAUCCCACGAAAAAUCUCCAGGCUGAAGCUCUUGAAAGAGCUGCGAGUUGCUCAUAAUCAGAUCGACAGCAUUCCUUACACCAUGAGUCUACUCAACAACUUGAAAAUACUUGACGUCUCCUCCAACCACCUGACCUCGUUUGACACUGUUCUCACUGACAUUCCUCAGUUAGUCGUGCUCAACUUCGCCAAGAACGCUGCUACCGAGCUCCCUGUGGAGAUCGCCAAGAUGACCAACCUGAGAGAGCUGUCGGUGCAAGGCAACCAGAUCAGAAGCAUCCCCGACAUCGCUGCAUUGUUUCAGCUGACCAACCUGGAGGUCCUCUACCUCCGAUACAACCAGGUCACCUUCCUUCCUGGUAGCAUCUCCAAGUUCACCAACCUCAGAGAGCUGGACUGCGCGUACAACAGCCUGGUCGACACUCCCCCUGACAUCCGGGAGCUGAAGCGUCUGAAGAGGAUAGACUUCUCCCACAACUCGUUGCGCGGUAUCCCUCCAGACAUCGGGACGCUGGAGGAGGUGGAGUACCUGGACUUAUCGUACAACCAGCUGCAGGAGCUGCCGAGAGAGGUUGGCUUCAUGACAAGCCUGCAGUCUCUGGACUUCUCCAACAAUCAGAUCGUUUUCUUGCCGGUCGAGCUAGAGGCUCUUGAGACAAGCCUCACCCUCCUCUCUGCGGACAACAACGCCAUCACAGACCCGACCCUGCCGGUGGAACUUGGGAACCUGAGGAACCUUGAGAGGUUUGACCUGUCUUCGAACCUUCUCAGCAGGCUUCCCAGCUCCAUCAAGAGACUGGAGAGUCUCGUCUACUUCAACGUCAACAGCAACAGGCUGACGACUAUCCCUCCUGAAGUCAAAGGUCUCAAGAGCUUGAUCGAACUGCACUUGAAAGACAACCUGCUGAUCUCGAUGCCUCCGGAGAUAGGCUCCUUGUCCUCCCUUACUACCUUGUCUCUGGAUGGCAACCAGUUCAUGUCCAUCCCAACGACUAUGAUUUUCCAGCUGUUUACCCUGGAGAAGUUGGAGGCCGGCGACAACCGCCUCCGGUCCGUCUCUCCCUCCAUCAGCCAGCUCAGCUGCCUCACCCUUCUCAGCUUGAAGAACAACAACCUGCGCGUCCUCCCCCGUGAGCUCGGCAGGUGCACAGGGCUGAAGACUCUCUCCCUCAACGCUAACGACAUCAUCGCCAUCCCCGAUCAACUCUGCGGCCUGGCUCGCCUGCGGCGCCUGACCCUGGACAAGAACGGCCUCUGCUUCCUGCCCGACACGAUAGGCUGCCUGGUCAACCUCCGAUCCCUGCGGUUCCGGGACAACCUGAUCAUGAGGUUGCCGCCCUCCUUCUCUUCCCUCACUUCUCUUCGCGAGCUCGACAUGUCUAAGAACAAGUUCACCAACAUCCCCCAGAGCCUCUUAGACCUGACGGGACUCACGCGGCUGAGGUGCGGGCACAACCCGAUCCCCUACUCCCUCUCCACCUCCUGGAUCGAGGACGACGUACGGAAGUUCCUCACCAACUACACGUAUGAGACGAUCGGCAAGCGGAUCAGCGCGAUGUGGAACAACAACAACCGAGCGGAGGUCUUCCGGGCAUGGCGGAUCUUUGUGCAAGACCAGUGGACCAGCGAAGACUGA